AUGAAUUUAUUGAACGGCGCAGGUGGAGUGUACGUGCCUCGCGCGGUGCUGGUGGACUCCGAUUCGAGUUUGUUGAACACGAUCGGCGGGCGGCAGGGUGGCGGAAACGCGUACCGGAAGGAAAACUUUGUGGGCGGACAUGGCGGAACCGGAAGUAACUGGGCAAAGGGCUAUUACGGUGGCGGCGAGAUGUCGAAACGCGUCGCGGACGCGGUCCGGUCGGAAGCGGAACGGUGCGAUCGGCUCCAAGGGUUCCAGUUGGUGCACUCGCUGGGCGGCGGAACCGGUUCCGGUCUGGGCGGCCGCGUGCUGAAGAACGUCCGAGCGUCGUACCCGAACCGGGCGGCGCACACGUACAGCGUGGCGCCGUGGACGGCCGUGUCGGACGAGCCGGCCGAGUCGUACAACGCGUCGCUGUCGUUGGCCAGGCUUAUCGGGUGCUCGCGCGCCACGUAUCUGGCCGACAACCGGGCGCUGUUCGACGCGUGCUGCAGCGGUGCAGGGGCCGGUGGCGCGCGCGCCGCACCCGCGUACGCAGAUCUCAACCACCUGGUGACGCAGAUCAUGUCCGGCACCACGACCGGGCUGCGGUUCGCCGGCCGGCUGAACGCCGACAUGAAAAAGUGCACCGCCAACCUGGUGCUGUACCCGAGACAUCACUUCUUCGUGCCGGGGUUCGCGCCGCUCACGUUCCGCGGACAAACGGACGCGUGCGCGUACACCGUUUCCGAGCUGGCCAAGCAGCUGUUCGAAGCGGUGCGGCUGCAGCGGCGUUGCGCCGGCGCCGCCGAGGCCGUCGUGAUGGCCGCCGUCAUGACGUUUCGGGGCCGAAGUUUCGCGCCUCGCGGUGGCGACGUGCCACUGCAGCCUUGCACGGGACGGACCACGGACCCGGAACAUUGUUGGCUGCCGGACAACCUCAAGACGGCCAGUUACGGUGUACCGUCGCACGGGCUCAAGAACAGCGGCACGGUAGUGGCCAACACGACGGCGGUGCGGGACGUGUUCGAACGGUACUUCCGGCGGUCCACGUCCAUGUUGGCCAAGCGGGAGCUGUUACACCUGUACAUGGAAGAGGGCAUGGAUUCCGACGAGUUCCGAGUGGCCCACGAACAGAUCGAAUCGCUGAUGGCCGAAUACUUGUCGAUCGAGCAGAACAACAGCGCCGGUGACGACGUCGACCGCGAAAGACACGAAGACGACUUCGGACAAUCGUCUACAAAUAAGGGCCUGCAGGCCACUACAUCGACGGUUGAUGGACUCGACCCGCCCAUGACUUAG